AUGGGGGUGCGCGGUGAGUACUCGCCCGCCCACCUCGGCCUCUGUUUGAAGAGGAAUUUACCGCUGGGGCUAGUGGCCCCGAGGCAGAGGAAGCAGAACCUGAGCGUGGGCCAGGUUGGGGUCGGAGGACUGACUGGGGGCAGAGGAACGGGAUGCGUGAACCUGCCCCUCAAAACGAGCCUUCUCCUCCCCUCCUUGCUGCUCACUCAGUCUGGCUCUUUUCUAGAAUGUCCUGCCCUGCUCCUGCUGUUCUCUUUGCUGCUGCUCCCUCUGGGCCUCCCCGUCAUGGGUGCUCUGCCACACCUUAUCUGUGACAGCCGAGUCCUGGAGAGGUACAUCCUGGAGGCCAGGGAGGCUGAAAAUGCCACGAUGGGCUGUGCGGAAAGCUGCAGUUUUGGUGAGAAUAUCACCGUCCCAGACACCAAAGUUAACUUCCAUGCUUGGAAGAGGAUGGAGGUCGGGCAGCAGGCCACAGAAGUAUGGCAGGGCCUGGCCCUGCUCUCAGAAGCCAUACUUCGGGGCCAGGCCCUGCUGGCCAAUUCCUCCCAGCCGGUUGAGACCCUGCAUCUGCAUGUGGAUAAAGCCAUCAGCGGUUUGCGCAGCCUCACAUCCCUGCUUCGGGCGCUGGGAGCCCAGCAGAAGGAAGCCAUCUCCCUUCCAGACACAGCCUCUGCUGCUCCACUCCGAACAUUCUCUGUUGAUACUUUGUGCAAACUUUUUCGAAUCUACUCCAAUUUUCUGCGGGGAAAGCUGAAGCUGUACACAGGGGAAGCCUGCAGGAGAGGGGACAGGUGACCAGGUGCUCCCACCCUAGGCAUGUCCACCACCUCACUCACCACCACUGCCUAUGCCAUACCUUCUACACCACCACUCCCACCCCCUGUCAAGGGGCUAUGAGCUCAGCAUCAGCCCAUCCCACGGACACUCCAGGGCCAGCGGUGACAUCUCAAGGGCCAGAGGAACUGUUCAGAGCUCAACUCAGAUCUAAGGAUGUCACUGGGUCAGCCUGAGGCUCCGAAGCAGGAGGAACUUAAAGAUGAGCUUAACCUCGGGGACACUGCUGUCCUGGGCGACACUGAAACUCAUCUUGGUGAUGCCAGGACAAGUUGCAGGGCAGCACCUCCUUUUGUACCUACCAAGCAGGGACAGGAUGGACUGGAGAGUUUAGGUGGCAAGCCAUGAAUUCUCCAGGUCUCAUGGGACUCCCGUGACAGCAAGAGCCCACUGGACAAGGAGGAGGGUAGAAGCCAUGAAGGUAGAAUGGGGGCUGGUCCCAGGUCCUCCCUGGGUCCAGGUGUUGUAUAUUCCUCAAUUUCACUGGCAAGAACCAAAACCACAUGUGGCUCUGGGAUUUUCUGUUUUCCUGGGAACCCCCUACUUCCCUGGCUCUGCUCCCAUCCUGGUAGUAAGCAGCGGGCCUGGGAAGCUAAAGGUGGAGGGGGUUGAGCCCUACGUGCUGCCUCGCAUGGCCUAGCUGACCUCUUGACCCCAGUGGACCUGAGGCCACAAGCUCUGCCCACGCUGGUCAAUACGUUGGCUCCAUCAAGGCUGUUUCUCAGUAGGCAGUUGCCAACCCUGGCCACGGGACCCUUAUUAUUUCCUGCCUCUUUUCUGUGGCCCCUUCAGCUAAUGUGACAUUCCUAGCAUCAGCCUUUGCCUUCUCCACACACAAGCCCCCUCUAAAUACAGCUGACCUCUUUCCUUGCCUGGGUGCAGUCACCACUGAUGCUCUACUCUGAAACUUGCAGGAGGAACCAUCCUUCCAGACAGCUCUCAUUGAGAUUCAUUCUGUGUCCAGGGCUACUGUAGGUAGUUCUCCACUCUUGAUCCCUACUUCUAAAUCUACCCUUUACUCUGACAAUCCGCUUCAAAUUCCUUCCCAGAAAUAAUGCUUCAGCUGCAAAGUACCUACCCCCCCAAGAGAGGCAUGUGCAGAUAGCAAAAGAUGUCACAAAACUGUACCAGGACCCCAUUCCUGGCUAUUACAGUCUAUGUGGGGACUCUUCCUGCUUAUAUCACAAGACUUAGAGAAGUCAGACUACGCCCUUGCAAAUACGCAAAAGAGAGACUAUUUGGCAAUUUGCAGCAGGAGAAAUUAUGGGCAGUUGGGAGU